CAGGGAUUCUGGGAGUCAGACAUUUUCUCAGUGCUGUGGAUUGUAUUCUAUUAAAGAACGUUGGUAGAUGAUCUGUAAGUAUUACAUCAUAUGUAUGAGUCUCAAAAUGGCAGUUUAUAGAAGAUUAGAAAACCCUGCUUAUAUAUAACUGUGGUUCCUAAAUCAUCAGCCAUACGCCUAAUAUGCCAGAAUCACCAGACUGUGAUAGGCUCCAGCUGCAUGAACAAGCUAUUUACAAUGUUUGGAAGGGACAGUUGUAUGUGCAUGACCAACUGAUAUGUGACUUGGCUUUCCAGUCUCCUUUCAAUUGCUGUAUUCCAUCUCAAUUGUCAGAGAAGCUUGUAAUUAAAGAAGUAAUUCAAUUACCUGAGCUGAUAAAAACAUUACCAGAUGACAUAUUUGAGAAGACCAGUUUGAUUGGGCAAGAAGUGUGUUGUGAAAGUGUAUACUGCAGCUUUUAUCAAGUGUUGACCUCUAAUAAUGAUGGAAGUCACCUGGGGAGAUUACAACAGUGGAUGCAAGACAAAGAACUGGCAUUAGUCACGUUUUUGAAUGACCAGGGAGUUCUUAUUUUGUUGCCGUCCUCAGUAUUUCAGCCCAACAAAGAAUUGACACAGGAUGAUUCCUCUCGUUUUAUUGUCCUAUUUGUAUUCCCUCAUACGAAGAUAGUAGGAGAAAUAGAGGCAGAAGAAUGGAAAAGCAAGUUCACAAAGCAAGACAUAUCUUUAAAAGUGACACAUUUAUUGCCAUGUCUUCAGUAUGCCAUCUCGGAAACCAGCAAUUCAGGCAAGGAGAAGGAGCUUUUCCCUGAUGCUUUAGUGGAACAGUAUUUGAAAAACUAUGCUGUCCUCCAAAAGAAAAAGGACUCUUCAGAGCUUGGCAUGCAUCUUCUGGACCCUGCACCUGUCUUGCGUGAGGAUCCUUAUGUAAACACAGGAAAGAGUGGUGAGGAAGGCUGCAGUCGUACUGACUUUGCAAAGCUGCAGGCUUACAUUUCAUCCCCAUUUAAUUUCUGUGUAUCUGUGCUAACUGCAUUAACCCUUGUGGCUGAAGAAUCUCCAGACAUGAAUGUGGAUAAUGGGUCUAGUAUUAAGGUAAUUGGGGUAACUGUGCAUGACUCACAGGCAGCAGAGACUAGACCGGAGUCAAACGCUACACAAGAGCCAAACGGUAAAGUACAUGAAAAGAAAAGCCCUUCAAAAAAAGGCAAAAAGAAAGGAUCAAGGAAAGGCAAAGCUACAAAAAUUCAGAUGUCUUCUCCAUCUCCUGAGAAAAGGGAGGCUAAAUCAGACAUUCAAAUGAAUAGUUCACAUUCUGAAGAGCAGACACUGGUCAGUUCUACAAGCAAAACUAUGCUAAAACUUGCCAGCCCUCAGUUAUCGCACAAAAGAAAAAGAGGAGCUGAAGUGCUGACUGCCGAGUUUGUCAAAGAUAACAAGGUUGAUCUUGACAAGAAAGGAGCUUCAAGUAAGAAGAGAAAGAAGGAGCUUGCAGUCCGUCCCCCUACCAGGAUAAUGCCAGUUAGAAUAAGUAGAAGUGUCGUCCCUCCACAGCAAUCUAUUGUUCCUGAUAGAUCUCCUGAUAGACCUCCAAAGCGCAAAGCUUCAGAGCAAGCUAUUACUGCAUUGUCUGAGUCUAAAGCAAAGUUGGAAAACCUAAGGAGACUUGUUAAUAAACACGCCGAAGCAGUUGUGAGACAUUCAAAAAGAAAUGUAGACAAUUUAAAAAGUGAGCAAGAAAACUCUAUCAACACUUUAGAGGAAAGGCCCAAUUUAGAUACAAAGACGUUAUCCUCUGCUGAUAUUCCAAUGGAGAAUAUUUUUGAGAAAAGAAUGAAUAUGUAUGAGGCACAUGCCCUUAACCUAUUGGCUGAUUUAGCUCUAAAUUCAUUUGGAACUUCUGGCAUUCCCUAUGCACCAGUAGAGAAUGCUGUUACAGAGCCUGAGCCCGUAGCCAAACAGAAAACCGUAGAAGAGAAAGUGGUUGAAGAUCAAGACCAUAAAAGUCUAAAUAAUCCAGAAAAUUCUGACUCCAGUGAAGCAGCUGACAGUGCUAUUAAUUUUGUACAGUCCCAGGAAUCGAGUCAAACAACGGUAGAAGACAAACCCAGCAUCGAAAGUGAUGCAAACCAAGUGAACAGUACAUCACCAAAAAGUAUUGAAAGUGGUGAAAAAUCUGUUGUAUCAAAAGUUCAUUUUGCGGUUGCAAAGGCAAAAGCACGAAGUAAUGCCACAAGCAAGAUCUGCCUUGAGCAUUCUUACUCCCAACUCCCUCUUGACUUGGCAUCUGCCAGUCCGAUUUCAGUUGAUUCAAAGCAGCCUGCUGAUCAGAAUGUAAAUGAUACCAGCACCUUGCCUGCAUCUACAGAGGUUGUGUUUGAACCUGCAACAAACGUAUACUUCCCUAACGAGAUUAUAUUUUUGACCAGUGACACUCCGGUUCUAUGCCCUGUUGUAAAGAAAGAACCACGUGAUGUACUGAAGUUCGGAAACAACUUCUUGGUUACAUUUAAUUGGGAAGCGAAAUAUGACUUUGAUUUGGACAGCAAAUUUACUAGUGAUCCUCUUGAGAAAACUAUAAACCGAGCUCUACAUGGACCAUGGAAUCCCCAUUUAAAAGAGAAAGUAGAGGAUGUGAAAAUAAUCCUACACAUGUGGCUCGCACUGUUCUACAACAAGUCUAGCAAGCAGCUGUCCUGUAGUUCACGGAAAGUGGUGGAGCACAGUAAUCCUGCCAAAUAUGUCUCGAUUAACACCAUCAUGGACCCAUUCGAAUUAUAUGAAAUUGUGGAUUCUGAAAACGUUGAAAUUGGACUAUCACAGCUUCCUACAGCAAGUACUCAGGAUAGCAGUUUAGAUGCAUCAAUUGCAAACAGCUGUCAAACCAGUAACACUGGUAAGUCAUUGGUGCCCGUUUCACACAAAUCUGACAAGAAGCAAAAAAGAAAUCAUGGAAAAGAAUAUUUGGGUGUUUUCACUGAUGUCUUACAACAGCUGAAUGCAGAUAAAACAGAAGAAGACAGCUACAAAGAAGUUUGCAGCUUUAAUAGAAUACAAAAAGACAUUGAUCAAGAACAAAACACUUAUCAAAAAAUUGAUAUUUCUACACCUACAAAAACAAAUGCUGAUACAAAAUCGCCAAAGAAGAAAGACAUUUUUGACCCACCAGCUUGGGUGCUUUCAACUGAAAGUGAGAAUUGCUAUAAAAGUGACAUGGAUCCUUUCCAGGAUGUUAACAAGAGCAUGCCAAAUAAGGCUUGGAAUAAAAAUGUGGUAAGAAUUUCAUUUCCUUACACUGGAUAUGGUAGUCAUUUUAAAAAGCCAAAUAACUCUUCCCAGAUUAAAAAUUUGCCAGAUGCCAACAUUAUACCUUUACCGGUUGUAAAGGUGAUCACGGUGAGUUCUGAUGGGAAGAAAGAAGAUGAACUACCUUCAGACAAUUCUGGAGAUGCUAUGGAAUUGGAGAGAUCUGCUAAGUCUAGUCAUUUAUUUGACACUGAGGUUGGGGUGCAAGGUGAAGUUCUAUACGAGAAUAUAAGUGAUCAAGAAGAGAACUAUGAUUUAAAGAAUGAAAAAGAUAAGAGCAAAUUUGAGGAAGCAAGUGAUUGUGUCCCUUCAACCAUAAAACAUUCCAAGGCUGCAGACUCUGUGCCAGAUUUUGAUAAGAACAAAAAUCUUGAAGGGAUACAUGAUUUGUUAGACCUCACAUUACAAAAUUCUGAUGAUAAAAGAGAGUUUGUGGCACAAAAGGAACAAUUGACUAAACCUCAUUCUGACACUUCUUCAAAUGAGAAGGUUGGAUUAAAAGAAUUUGUUUUAAAUUCUUCAUGUAAUGCAGUAACACGGACUCCUUUUGAAAAUGUCUUUCAUACAAGUAAGUCUUUGAGUGACGUCACCAAUCUUCUAACUGGGAACUUGGAUAAACGGUUAAGUUCUGGUCCGCUUCUCAGUGGAAAGAAAUCUGCAAAUAAAAGAGAAGAAUUAAAUACCAGAAUCAUUGGCAAAAAAGAUACUCUAGCUGUUGAAUGCUUUGCUACUAAUACAGAUAUGCAAACUAUUGGUGAUGACAAAGAAUUAAAGUCAUAUGUAAGUGACAACAGAACUUCAAAUACAGAAGCCCUGAGGACAAUGCAGACUCAACAUGAAGAGUCUUAUCUUUUUGAAAAUGAAAAGUCUAACAUGUGCCUUGAGUUAGUGGGUAAUAUUUGUAAAAGUAGCGGCAUCUCUCAGAGUAAUUUGUACGAAGAUCCACAGAGGAGGGCUCAACCCAGCCGACAAGGUAGUGAAACAAUGGAAUGCUCUGCUGUUAGUGUGGAAAGAAAAGAUAUUGCUGGAGAAGACGGACUUGAAGUGGCAUCUGUUAACCACAGACAACCAGGAAUUGUUUCUUGCAAUACUAUCUCAAAUGGUGAUUCUGUUUGUAGAGAUGGUUCUCUGGAAGUCUAUAAUGGUUUUGCCAAGAAAAUCUCAUCUGAGAAUCUGGAUCAGACUCUCAAAUUAACUACACAGGUAGAGCUAUCUGACAGCAGUGAAAAUUGUGAUGUUUCCCAAAAGAGACCGGUAGAACACCAUGAAUCUGCACCAAUCGAGGAUAGCUUACUUGCCCAAAAAGAUGUUCGAAAAACAGUGCAACCCCUUACAACUUCAGAGUGCCUGAAGGACAAAGGGGAAAGAAAAGAGCCAGUAGUUUUACCCGAAAUUCCAUCUCUUGAAUCAGUUGCAGACCUUAAGAUGGUUAAGACAACAGGCCAAGUUACAGAAUUAACCACCUCAAAGAAAGUGGCUAAUUUAGAAAUCAAAGAAAAAGAACAUGUUAAUACAUGUUUAAUGUAUGCGACUCAAGAAGAAUUAAAUAAUAAUAUAAACAGCAUAAAACAUUUGACUGAAAAGUUUGUCUCCGUUCAGGAACAAAUAGAUCUCGAUGGUCAAAAAUCACAAGAAGAUACUGUUAUUCCAGCAGAUACAUCUUCAGUAAAUUAUAUUGUGCCCAAUCAAGCUGGUGAUAAAAAUGGGGUGCGUACUGACCAUCCAAUCACAGACCAUGAAUCUUCGGUCGAGAUAUGCUCUUUUAAUGAUGAAACAUCCAAGCACACUAUUCUUGUUGAGACCGAAAAAAAGAAAAUUCCCUUUCAUCAAACACACGUGAAAACAGUGGUUGAACCUUUUCAAAUAUUUAAAAUAUGUGAGAGAAUCAUUCCACCCAGGGAGUUGCAUAUUACAAAAGACACAAUGGACAUUAAUGGAUUAAAUAAAAGCAUAUCACCUCCUAGAAGUCCAAGUAUUCUAUCCGACAUAUUUGUGGACGAAUGCAAUGUUGAUGAAACAGAGAGAUUAGUUGCAAAUGCUAUAAAAACACUUGAUCAAGAUCUUAACAGAGAUGGUGAUGAUUCCUACCAGAAUAGAAGCAUCCCAAGUAAUGAAACCAACACACAAGUAGAUAUUGUGUCUGUAGACCUGGCAAGUCCGGCAGAUACUCAAAAUCUUUCUGUUGGUAAUAAGGAAUCUGAGAUUAGCUCAGCAAUCGUCAUCGAUAUAGACAAGGAAGAACACAGUUCCAAAAGUAGUGGCAAAGAACCGACCAUACUUAUGGAUGAUAAAUGUGCCUCUGAUGUUACUGAUGUGUCUAUGGACUGUACAAGUCCCGAAAGGUACAUUGGAAUGAAGAAAAAUGAGUGUGAAAUUAUAAUUCUAGAUGGUAAUAUUUCCAUGUCCAGUACAGAGCCAGAACCUUUCAAAGAGGCAUUGAGCAUCCCUACUCAAAAUAAUGGCACAUUGCUUACUCAAGGACAAUUUGGUGAGAAUAUAGAACAGAAUAUUAUCCAGGAGCAUUCUGAUAUUUGUUUUAUAGCAAGCACAGCCAGUAUAAGUGAGGAGCAAUACGAACGCUGGUCAGAAGCUUCACAUGAGGACAUUGACUUUUUACGGCCAUCUUAUAAAGAGAGCACAGAUGUUCCAAAGAUUUCCCAUGCUAGGGAAUCUUACCCAUGCUCCCCACGUUCAUCUUCACCAGUUGAAACAUGUCAUGAACCUGUCUAUUCCAAAGAAGCAAAGCGUUUUGAAAAACAGCCUGAUUUGUUUCAGGAAGAAGAUGGGUACUUACCAAGGUACCGUAGGGACCCAGAUUACUACUGUUCUCAUAGUUCUGGGAAUAUUACUGUUACUAAUAAAGAAGCUGGUAGAACUUCCCAGACUAUAAACAGAAGAAAGUCAGAUUUAGACCGUUUAUUUUUCAGUCAAAGAAUCAUCACAGAUGACCUCACACAAAACACUCUCGAUAUGGAACACUUACGUUUUAUUCAUAGGCUAAAGUUGGUCUUAAGAAAUGCUUGCACCGACAAGUUGUUUUCUGAGUCACCUUCCAGGACAAUUUUUGAAACUAGUAGGAUUUCUGGCUGUUCUAGUUCCUCAAACAGAAAAAGAAGUCCUCUACUUAUCACGAUAAAUUGUUCUAACAGGAAGAAGGAAUCAAGGAGACAUAACCACUGGUAUCCAGAUCGUAAUUAUAGUCCGGUGUAUGUUGAUGAAGGACCUACUGAAAGUUCUGCAUGCAACCCCAGAACUCGAAAAAAAGUCAGCGCAUACAAGCGAGCGUCAUCACCUUUUCACUUCAGUCGGUUAAAAUAUGAAAAUAAGCUUGAGAAAUCAAACCAUGACAUUUCACUGAUUCUUAAUGAGUGCGUUCAGACGAAUCACUUAAAAUUAAGUAGGGUGAGUUUAGGUAAUACAGUAACAGACCGUACAUUGAACAGAGAGCUUGUAGAUGAGUGUGUGCAGACAAAAAAGAUAUUUGCUCCUCUUUCACAUAAAGUGCCUGCUGUUAAAAACAUUAUUUCUGACCUCUGCACCAGCCUGCAUUCUAGAUUACACAGCGUUGCCAAGGAAUAUAGCCAGAGGAAAUUUAGGUUUUACAUCCAUGAAACCAGUGAUGAUCCUUUCUUCUCACAAACCAAGAGCCUGCUGAAGAAAGAUGGCCAUACUGCCACAGAACCUCAUCACUUCUGUAACAGCAAGCACAUGGAGUCAGAGAGGCUACUUGUCAUCAUAAGGAAUGAAGACAUAUCUUCUCAUAUACAUAAGAUUCCAUGUUUGGUGCAGCUAAAGUUGGACCCUAAUGUGUCUUUUGUUGGUGUGGACUGUCCAGAAGACAUAACAGAUUCUAAUUAUGAGGACCUUUUUCAGGCUGGUGGUUUUGUGGUUUCUGAUCCCUCUAUUUUGGAAUCUAUGACAUUAGGGAAGGUAAAGGAUGUCGCUGAAGUAUUGGAGACAUUGAACAAGGCAUCAGUUUGGAAGUGGCUUGUGCAUUAUAGAGAGAACAGAAAACUGAAAGAAGAUAAAAGAGUUGAUUCUGCGUCUCACUCAAAGAUCGCACUACUCAAAUCAUACCAGGAAAUUAACAUAGUUGAAAUUCUGCCCUAUCACCAGUGUGACUCAAGGUCAAAGGCCCAGACAGAUGAUCAUACAUGUGUGGUAAACCUCCAGAGUCAGCAUAUCCUGUCAAGGCUGGCAGUGUAUUUGACAGACAAACCGAGUUCUGUGGCAGAGGAGUUGGAGCAUAAAGGAAUUCUUGUGUUUGAUGUGGACACGUUCAUCAGAAAAAUCCAGGAACUGGAUUUACAAGUUCGUGUUUCAUCUUGGUCAUGAAACAUCAGAAAAUCACCAUCAGAGUCACGUGAAUGAAGAUGGGUCAAGAUUGUCAACUUGAACUGUAUAUGUUUUUUUAAAUUAUUUAUUUUAUCUGUUCAGUUUCAGAAUGCAGAUAUAAAAUGUCAUUAUAGAUGAUGGGUAUUGUUAAACCGUAAACUUGUGUUGCUCACCUUUGUACGCAGUUUAUGGGGAUAACCACAGGAAAAAGGUGUGUAUUAUACUGCACAAUAUAAAUAAUUGGACACCAAAGAGAUUUGGAAAUUUUGUAAUUCAGCCCAGUCUCUCUAAACACUGAAAAAAUGAAUGGGGAAAUUGAAGAUAUUAUUCA